CCGACUCAAUCUCUAACUAGUUCAUUUCUGAACUCCGUUCACUUUCUCUCUCUUGGAAUAGCAUUGCCGCUAUGACGGACGGCCAUCUCUUCAACAACAUCUCCCUCGGCGGCCGAGGUGGCACGAAUCCUGGGCAGCUUAAAAUUUAUUCAGGAGGGAUUUUAUGGAAGAAACAAGGAGGUGGAAAAGCUGUCGAAGUUGAUAAAUCUGAUAUCUUAGGUGUUACAUGGACGAAGAUCCCUAGGACAAACCAACUUGGUGUUAGAAUCAAAGAUGGGUUGUAUUACAAGUUCACUGGGUUCCGUGACCAGGAUGUUGCCAGUUUGACCAGUUUUUUCCAGAAUAAUUGUGGAAUAACACCAGAAGAAAAGCAGCUUUCUGUCAGCGGUCGUAAUUGGGGAGAAGUUGAUUUAAGUGGGAAUAUGCUUACCUUUCUGACUGGUGCGAAACAAGCUUUUGAAGUGUCGUUAGCUGACGUGUCGCAAACUCAACUUCAAGGGAAAAAUGAUGUCAUCUUGGAGUUCCAUGUGGAUGACACAACUGGAGCUAACGAGAAAGAUUCACUUAUGGAGAUAAGUUUCCACGUUCCUAAUUCUAACACCCAAUUUGUUGGUGAUGAAAAUCGUCCACCAGCUCAGGUUUUCCGCGAAAAAAUCAUGUCAGUGGCUGAUGUUGGUUCUGGAGUUGAGGAAGCUGUUGUCACUUUUGAGGGCAUUGCAAUUCUCACACCUAGGGGUCGGUAUAGUGUUGAACUUCAUCUCUCAUUCUUGCGACUCCAAGGCCAGGCAAAUGAUUUCAAAAUUCAGUAUAGCAGUGUUGUUCGCCUGUUUUUGCUUCCGAAGUACAACCAGCCUCACACUUUUGUUGUUGUGACCCUUGAUCCGCCUAUUCGUAAAGGGCAAACUUUGUACCCCCAUAUUGUCUUGCAGUUUGAAACUGAUUAUGUUGUUCAAAGCACCUUGUCUAUAAAUGAAGAUCUGUUGCAUACCAAGUACAAGGACAAAUUGGAACCCUCUUACAAGGGACUGAUUCAUGAAGUGUUUACCACAAUAAUGCGUGGUUUAUCUGGUGCCAAAGUUACCAAACCAGGAAAAUUCCGUAGCUGUCAAGAUGGUUAUGCUGUCAAGUCUUCCUUAAAAGCUGAAGAUGGAGUACUGUAUCCACUUGAAAAAAGCUUCUUCUUUCUACCCAAACCUCCUACGCUUAUUCUUCAUGAGGAGAUUGACUAUGUUGAAUUUGAGAGGCAUGCUGCCGGAGGCUCAAAUAUGCAUUACUUUGAUCUUCUCAUAAGAUUAAAGACUGAGCAAGAGCAUUUAUUCCGGAAUAUUCAGAGAAAUGAAUAUCACAAUUUGUUUGACUUCAUCAGUUCGAAGGGUUUGAAGAUUAUGAACCUCGGAGAUGUACGAACCACGGAUGGCGUGGCUGAAAUUUUCCAAAAUGAUGAUGAUGAUGCUGUUGACCCACAUCUUGAACGCAUUAAGAACGAAGCUGGUGGAGAUGAAAGUGAUGAGGAGGAUGAGGACUUUGUUCUUGACAAAGACGAUGGAGGAUCACCAACUGAUGAUUCUGGGGAUGAGGAUUCAGAUGGUAGUGACAGUGGAGAUGAGAAAGAGAAGCCUGCCAAAAACGAUCCCAGAAAGGAAGCUUCUUCUGCCAAGGCAACUAAGAAAAAAGCUAAAGAUGGGCUAGAUGAUGGGAAGAAGAAAAAAAGGAAAAAGAAGGAUCCAAAUGCACCCAAGAGGGCUAUGUCCGGUUUCAUGUUUUUCUGUCAAGUGGAAAGGGAGAAUCUGAAGAAAAGUAAUCCUGGAGCUUCGUUUACUGAGGUGUCGAGAAUACUCGGAGAGAAGUGGAAAAAGCUGUCCGAGGAGGAAAAAGAACCGUAUGAAGCGAAGGCUAAAUUAGAUAGAAAACGAUAUGACGUCGAAAGGAACGCAUAUAAAAAUCCUCAACCGAUGAACAUAGAUUCGGGAAACGAAUCCGACAGCUCAUAAGCUUUAGAUGGCAGUUGUGGUGGGGUUGUUUUCAUUGGCCUAGAGAGAUACUUGAGAACUUGUAGGAUGUAAUAUGAAGAGAAUAUGUAUUUUGUAGGAUGUAAUAUGGAGAAAAUUGUACGGUAGUACCGAUUUUUAUUCGGACAUAGUUGUGGGAUUGUGCUUUUU